UCUCUCUCUCUCUUACAAAUCUAUCCUUUUAUUGAUUUUCCGGGGAGAGCAUUAGUUUCGGAUUUUCGGGGGGCUUCCCCAUUUUUUGAUUUAUUUAAUUCUUUAUUACUUUGUUGCUAUAAAGGGAGCUGAGACAGAGAGGAAUAGGAGACUGGUAAAUUUUCAAGACCUCUGGUUUUGAGUUGAGUUGCUCUAUACAUUCAAAUCACUUAACCUUUUCUCUCUUCUCUUCACUUCGUCUUGAAAAAAGCUCGCAGCGGGUUUCACUGCGCGAGGUGGCCAGCCUCGGUUUUGGUUUUGGGUUUUUUGAUUGUGGGAAAAAUAUGGUCUGGUUGUUGGGUGUGUAUGUGUUUAUGUGAUUUUUUUUUUAUAUUGGGAUUUGUUUCUGGGUUGGUUUUGGAUUUUGGGUCAGUGUUUAAAUGGGCGGUGGGAGGUUUCUGGGUUUUGAGUGAGAGUGGUGUUUGUUUUGAUGGCUGGGGAAGAGUUUGAGAUGGUUGCAUGUGAAGAUCUGAGGAUGAAGUAGAAGAUGGAAUCUGGGUUUCUCUGAGACAUUUCUAGUGGUGCUUUGUCAGGUUAUGAAUUAAGGGGUUGUGGGUUUCUGAUUGUUUGAGUCCAUGGAUGAUUUAGCUCAUGAUUUAAUGUAUUGUGAGGGGUUUGAAGUUUCGGAGUUGAUUUAGUGAUUGAUGGAUUGAAGAAGCGGUUGUUUAGAUGCAAUGUUAAGAGCAUUGGCAUCUGGGCUAUCAAUUUCGUUGCUCCUUGUGUGUGUUUCGGCGUCUGAUAGUGGAUUUCCGAGGUGCAAUUGUGACGACGAGGGCAGCUUCUGGAGCAUUGACAGCAUACUAGAAUGUCAGCGAGUGGGCGAUUUCUUGAUUGCGGUGGCAUACUUUUCGAUCCCCAUUGAGCUGCUUUACUUUGUCAGCUGCUCGAAUGUACCUUUCAAAUGGGUUCUCUUUGAGUUCAUUGCCUUCAUUGUGCUGUGUGGAAUGACGCAUUUGCUGAAUGGCUGGACUUAUGGUCCUCACCCGUUUCAGUUAAUGCUCGCUCUCACGGUGUUCAAAAUCCUCACCGCUCUGGUCUCAUGUGCCACUGCUAUAACGCUCAUCACUCUCAUUCCUUUACUUCUCAAAGUGAAAGUGAGAGAGUUCAUGUUGAAGAAGAAGACUUGGGACCUUGGAAGAGAGGUCGGGAUUAUAAUGAGACAGAAAGAAGCUGGAAUGCAUGUUCGGAUGCUUACUCAAGAGAUUCGAAAGUCCCUUGAUAGACAUACAAUAUUGUCCACAACCCUUUUUGAGCUAUCUGAGACAUUGGGUUUGCAGUACUGUGCAGUUUGGAUGCCUAAUGAAAUUAAAACAGAGAUGAUCCUGACCCAUGAAUUGAAAGGGAGGAAUUAUUCUAAUAUGUACGACAUUUCCAUACCAAUUAGGGAUCCAGAUGUUGUACUUAUCAAAGGAAGUGAUAAUGUAAACAUCCUUGCACCAGAUUCAGCACUUGUGUGUGGAAGCAGUGAUGAUUCUGGUGAGCCGGGACCAGUAGCUGCAAUUCGUAUGCCAAUGCUUCGGGUUUCCAAUUUUAAAGGGGGGACUCCGGAGCUGAUCCAGACUUGUUAUGCAAUAUUGGUUCUGGUUCUCCCUGGUGGACAGCCUAGAUCGUGGAGCGGUCAGGAACUUGAGAUAAUUAAGGUGGUUGCUGACCAGGUGGCUGUGGCUUUAUCCCAUGCUGCAAUCCUUGAAGAGUCCCAACUUAUGCGGGAACAAUUGGCUGAGCAAAACCGAGCCUUGCAGCAGGCAAAAAUGAAUGCCAUGAUGGCAAGCCAUGCAAGAAACUCUUUCCAGAAGGUAAUGAGUGAUGGCAUGAGAAGGCCAAUGCACUCAGUUUUGGGGUUGCUUUCCAUGAUGCAGGAUGAGAGUUUGAAUAAUGAUCAACGAGUUAUUGUUGAUGCAAUGGCAAGGACAAGCAAUGUCCUAUCGACGUUGAUAAAUGAUGCGAUGGAUAACCCAGCUAAGGAUAGCGGAAGAUUUCCUUUGGAGAUGGGAUCUUUCCGGUUACAUGCAAUGAUAAAAGAAGCAGCUUGCCUUGCCAAAUGCUUGUGUGUCUACAGGGGAUUUGGUUUUACAAUUGAGGUUGAAAAGUCCUUAGCUGAUCAUGUAAUGGGAGAUGAAAGAAGGGUUUUUCAGGUGAUUUUACAUAUGGUUGGGAGCCUGUUGAAUGGAAAUCAGGGGGGAGGCUUGGUCACAUUUCGGGUUACUUCAGAGAAUGGAAGUCAGGGGAGGAGUGAUCAAAGAUGGGCAGCUUGGAGACAAAAUUCAUCUGAUGGUGUUGAUGUAUAUAUUAGAUUCGAGAUUGGAAUAAGCAAAGGUGGUUCUCAGUCAGAUUUCUCAAAUCCAGUGAUGCAGCUCGGCAACAGAUACAACAGUGAAGGAGUUGAUGAGAAUUUGAGCUUCAACAUUUGCAAAAGGCUAGUGCAGUUGAUGCAAGGAAACAUAUGGGCAAUCCCUAACCCUCAAGGAUUUCCUCAAAGCAUGGCACUUGUUCUCCGAUUUCAACCUCGAACAUCCAUUGCAAUUGCCAUCUCUGAACCUGGAGGGUCUUCAGAGCAUUCAUAUUCUAAUUCUAUUUUCAGAGGCUUGCAAGUGCUGUUAACAGAUGAAGAUGAUGUGAAUAGGGUUGUGACCCGAAAACUGCUUGAGAAACUAGGUUGCAAUGUCACUGCUGUUUCCUCUGGAUAUGAAUGCCUUUCCGCCGUUGGUCCCUCUGGAGCUUCUGUUCAAGUCGUUUUCCUAGAUCUCCAAAUGACGGAGUUGGAUGGCUUUGAAGUCGCAAUGAGAAUUAGGAAAUUUCGAAGCCACACUUGGCCAUUGAUCAUCGCCUUAACUGCUAGUGCAGAUGAUGAUAUUUGGGAUAGAUGCAUGCAGAUUGGGAUCAACGGAGUCGUCCGAAAACCAAUAUUGUUGCAUGGGAUUGCUAGCGAGCUAAGAAGAGUGCUGGUGCAGGCAAAUAAAUUUGUAUGAUGACAGUGCAGAACCAUCGAUGAAGUAGCCAGCAAAUGCUUCUUCGAUCUUUCAUUUCUUCUCUAAAUCAUCAUUCCUUCUCCAUCCAUCAGAAGCAUAGAGGUGUUACACCAAGAUUCACAGUUAGAAUCGUAUACAAGAUUAAAGUAGCUCCUUUUUCUCUUUUCUCAUGUCAUUGAACUUUGUUAUAAUAUAUAUUUACAUAGAUAGUUCAGACUGGAACACAGCUACUCAAAUUUUUUUUUUGUUCAGACAUCCUAAUGAACAAAUACAGAAAAGUUACAAAAGUAAAAACAUAAGUUACAUUCAAGCAUUUUGAAGCUCUCACAUUUCACCCCCCGUCCCAAGUUCAAGAUGGAACUAAUAAUCUUCAUCUCUUUUCUGAGUAUUAUUUCUUCGUUUAAGGA